AUGCACCGAACUACUAUAACGACUUCACUUAAUAAAUUCACACGAACGUAUAGGCAACAAUCAUUACAGGUUUCCCCUAAAAGUGCUCGUCAGUUGACAACAAAGAUACAGACUUCACAUCAAAAAGUUUCAGAUAAACAGUAUAAACCUCCUGCUUUAGAAGUUAAUCCUGCUUAUGAUGAAGCUCUUAAAUACAUUUAUGAAGAUAAAGCGAACAAAUAUAAGAAAAUAAAAUAUAUUGAGACACAAAUAGAAAGAGUGUCGAAAGCUGAACAGAGUGAAGUACGUGAUCAAGAAUUAAAUGAACUUAAAAAGAUGAAAUAUAAUUUGCAAGUUUUAGCUGAAGUAAAUGAUCCGGAAGUUCGCUGGAAUUUCAAGAAUGGGAAGAUUGACAUGAGCAUUCCAGUUUACCGUCAUUUAAGAGAAAAACAUUGGAAAAGAGCUCCUCUCUAUAAAUUGAUGGAACGAAUAACACAAAUGUACGUUGUUCCUGAUGUGUUUCCUACUUUGGAACCUACAAUUGAUCUUGAAAUUAAAAUUAAAAAUCAGAUAAUAGAACCUGGGACAAAAAAAGAACCUACAAUAAUUCUGACCAAUUUUCAUGAAGAUACACGUUUAUAUACACUUAUCAUGGUUGACCCAGAUAUGCCCGACACUUCGAAUGAAACAUAUCAAACGGAAUGGCAUUGGUUAAUAACUAACAUCCCCAUUAAUGUUACAAAAUCCGACAUUUCGGGUGGUGAAACAAUUUUACCUUUUAUCCCCCCUCACCCGCCUAAAGGAACAAAAUAUCAUCGAUAUACCUUUGCUAUUUUAGAACAACCUAAUAAUCAAAAAAUUGAAAUAUCUCAAAAUAUGAGUCGUAUCAAGGAUGUUCGAAAGUUUGUGAGUGAAUAUAAUUUAACAGUACGUGGUGCUUCUUUCUUCCGUGAAGUUUGGGAUCAAGAUGUUAGCACGAUUUAUUCUGAAAUUUUAGGUAUUCGUGAACCACAAUAUGGUAGACAGCCAAAGGUUGAUCAAUAUUUAGAUGAAACUGGAUCGAAACAACCAAAAUACACAAAUUUUUAG